UCGGAAGAGGAAAAGGUGGAGUGAUCGGAUAGAGAAUCCCGGGGCGUGGAGAGCUCCACCUCCUUCUAUCCUUGCACGGAGCUCAAGCUCUCGCCCGCAUGGCGCUCCUCCGCCUCCAGCACCACUGCUCCCUCCUCCAAGUCUCCACCUCCCACCUCCCAACCCUCCUCAGACCCCCGCGGAACCCUCGCAGGAGCCAACUCUCGCCGCCCAAUGCGGCCAGGACCACCUCCUCCUCCGUAACUCCCUCCCCCGCCGCGCGAAUCUUGGCGCGGAAUGCGGCGGCGCCGCCCUGGCGGGGCGAGCUCCUGCUCCUCCUCCCCGCGGCCGCCGCGUCCUGGCCGCUCCACUCCCUCGCGGCCGAGGCCGACGGCGGCGGCGGGAGCAAGGUGAGCCUCGAGUCCAUCGUGCUGGCCGUGGACGACUUCAACAACCGGAACCCCUUCUUCGUGGCCGGGGUGGUGUUCGUCUGGCUGGUGGUGCUCCCGCUGGCGCAGGACUACUUCAAGAAGUACAAGGCCGUGGGCGCCCUCGACGCCUUCCGCAAGCUCCGCGACGCGCCGGAGGCGCAGCUGCUGGACGUCAGGCGGGGCAACAGCGUGCGGUUCAUGGCGCCGCCCAACCUCAGGCUCGUCGAGAAGAGCGCCGUGCAGGUGGAGUUCGACGAGGAGGACGAGAAGGGGUUCCUCGGGGAGGUGCUCGCCAGGUUCCCGGACCCGGCCAACACCGUCGUCUGCGUGCUUGACAACUUUGAUGGUAAUUCAAUGAAAGUGGCUGAGCUCCUGUUCAACAAUGGUUUCAAAGAGGCAUAUGCAAUCAAAGGGGGACUGAGAGGCCCAGAUGGUUGGCAGGCAAUUCAAGAAAACUAUCUUCCGCCAUCUGUUCAUGUUUUUCCAAGGGAAAAGAAGAGCAAAACUUUAACGCACACUGAUGCGAGCACUGAAGGAACAGAUGAUCAGCCAGAGGGGAAUGGAGAACUAUUAACUUCUCCUAGCAGCACUUUAGUCAAUACAAGCAAUGGAACCAAGGAUGGUCAUGAAGAACUGAAUGGAAAUACUUUAGCCGCGAAGCAUCCAAGGAGACCAUUAUCACCUUAUGCAAAGUACCCUGACUUGAAACCGCCAUCAUCUCCGACGCCAUCCAAGCCAGGGGGGGCAGAGGGGAAUGGGGAACUACCAACUUCUACUGGCAGCUCUUUAAUCAAAACAAGCGAUGCAACUAAGGAUAGUCUAGCCACGAAGCAAUCAGGAAGGAGACCAUUAUCACCAUAUGCAAAUUACCCUGACUUGAAACCGCCCUCAUCUCCAACGCCAUCCAAGCCAGGCAGGCCAGAUGAGAAUAAUGAACUACUAAUGUCUCCUGGCAGCUCUUUAGACGAUACAAGCCAUGCAACCAAGAAUGGUCGUGAAGAACUGAAUGGAAGUACUUUAGCCACGAAGCAUCCAAGGAGACCAUUAUCACCAUAUGCAAAUUACCCUGACAUGAAGCCGCCAUCAUCUCCGACGCCAUCCAAGCCAGGGAGGUAGAAGAAGCAAUGUAUAGGGCAAUAGGACGCCGAAGACUUAACGAAGUCAGAGUAAGCCUUUUGCCGAAUAACCAUUUUGUUAUUAUACUUAAAUCCAUGGAUAUAGAGGCGAUUGAUUGGGGUCGCGAUGCGGAAGACCGUUGCUGCUACCAUGAACUAUUGGAUGUAAAUUUGGAACUUCUUCCCAGAUUGCUGUUCUUGUUGUACAUUGAAGUGACAGUUGCACUACGAAACUGCAAGCAUUUCAUAUUAACAUUGUA